AUGGAAGAAGAAAAAGAAGAGAAACCCUCAACAGAGCUAACCCUAGCCGCUACUUCCAGUGCACCUCAGUCUCAGUGCCCACCAGAAGAUAUAGUUUGGACAACUUUGACUUUGGGGCUUCCAUCUUCAACCUCCGAGAAGAGAGAAGCAGUGGAUCAAAACCCUGCUCCUUCCAUGAAAAAGGGCCCUUGGGAGAUCAAGAAGAGGUUGACCACAAGCGACCUUGGAAACCGGUGCAAGCUUUUGGGGAGAAGUUUGGUGGAGAAACAUGUUAUGCCCUGCUUGGAUGAGGAGUUUGGACAAAGGGUUUCGAGCAGAGAGGGUGCAAGGGUUAUAGUUCACGAUUGCGAUACAAAUUCCAACCAUCAACUGAUUCUCAAGUAUUACAAGAGCUCCGACAGUUAUGUUUUCGGUAGAAAGUGGGGAAGUUUGUGA